AUGCCGGACGAGCACAGACCACCAGCCACAGGGACGCCGCCCACGCCAACGGAAGCAUGCCCUGCCGCCCACGCGGCCAGAGGCAUAGCAGCAACACAACCUCGCUCCCGGAGCCGCCGCUCCGGCUUCCACGCGCAACAGGCCGACCCCUCGCGUCAACCUGUCGCCGUCCCGAGACGCUGGGAUAAGCGCCCCGCCCGCCCAGAGCCGCGCCGCCAUCCUUGCACUGUGGCUCACCUCUGCCACAGGCCUGUAGGAACUGGCAAGGGCCGCCGCACCCCAGCUAGCCUGCCACACACGGUGGCCCUCCGCAACCGCCCCGAACUCCGACCUCCACGCGACCGCCACGCCAAGGAGGAGCUGGGCCGGCACAUCCCCGUCGCCACCGCGUCCCCGGGGCCGCUGCCCCGGCAUCCUCUUCUCCGGCCAGCCGUCGGCGCCGAAGAUGCAGACCGGCCUCCCCUGCCGGCUGCCCGUUGUCGGGGGCACGGCCUUGACACCACCAACGCCAUCCAGGCGUCCCAGGGCCGCCGCCCUGGCCUCCUUGAGCGAGGCCGACCUGGAAUCCCCCAAAUCGAGCGGAUCUCGAUCUGGGAGGACGCCGACCAGGCCGCCCCGCAGGGCCCCGUGCCGAGGGCAACCGCCGCCAGAACAACCGCGACCUCCGCAGCGCCGGCGAGCAGCCACCACCGCAGCCCCCCGCCCGAGCCCGCCGGCUCGGCAUCCUCAAGCCCCGGCCGCCAUCGCCCCCACGAGCCGGCCCUCCACCGCGCCCCAGGAAAUCCCCGACCACCUUCGGCAGCGGGGUGCCGCCACCGCCGCGGGAGGAGGCCGCCGGCGGCAGCGGCGGGGGAGGCCCAGGCGGGGCGGAGCUUUGGCGGCGCUAGGUUUCGCCCCUGGCGUCGCCUGGGGGAGCGACGCGAGGGGGAGUUAGCCCUUUCGCGAGGGGGCAAAUAA